ACAAAUAUCCAGAACUACAAAGUUCAAAUGUAAAUUUAACUGAUUAGAUUUGAUUUGAUGCAAUUUGUCACAGAAAGAUACCCGAGCUGUGAGAGACGACUGAGGAGACCUUGAGAUAUGAUUCAAAACUCACAAAUAAAGGACACUGGAGGAGACAAAUUAUCAUAUAAAUGAAAAAUGUGUUGGGAAACAUGUCAUGUUUGCAAACAGGUUAUGGGUGUUAAAUCUGCAUGUCUCUGUCCCGUAAGUGUCUGAGGACAGUCUGCUUCACAGGUGGAAUAUAGUGAAUUUUCCAGCCUGCUCCAGUAUAUUACGGGAAGAUUGAGACAGAAUAAGGUCUCAUUGGUGGGGGGGACUUAAAAUUGCUGCCGCUAGCUGAUAAAAAGUGCUGUAAAGACAUUUUCUGUGAUAAGCAACAUUUUAAAGUGACAGUACUGCAACAGACCAAACACAGGCAGUAUUAUUCUAUGUGAAAUAUUACAUUAUACUCAAAUGAUUAGCUAUUGACAUUUGUAUCUUUUAAAAGGAUACUGUGCAACAUUUUCAUAGUUUUAAAUCAUUUUCUUGAGCCAGCAUGUGCUAAAAUGACACUUUCCAGGGUAAAUGAAAUGUUAUACAGACCUCCACCGCCCUCUCCGGACAAAAUACCACAUUUGCAACUUCAGAGUGCUGGUCCAGCACCUGUUACACUUGAGCUACUACAAUUGAGCUGACAUACUGCUGUUUCCAGCGCGUUUCCUGCAUGUUUUAGAUCAUGAACACAGCUGAUUUGUUUCAUUUAUUGAUGAAUCACCACUGUAGACACUAAUGAAGGCUGGGGAGACCUUAAAAGCAAGCCAAACUGCCAAGUGUGCCUUUAAAUGUGCAGGUUUGUUUCUGAAAAGACUGAAUAAUGUUUGUGCUCAUAUUCUCUCAUGCAGCAUGCAAAGUACUGUUUAAAAGUUUUCAGACUUGUUUUUUUCCUGUUUCUGUGUUACAUUAAACGUUCAUAGCCCGAUGUGUGCAUUGUCUAAUGAGAGCUUCUUCUAGCCAAACCAAUCCUAGUGCUUCUCCUGCCAGCCUCAUAUCCUGCAUGUUUAUCUGCUGCUAAGACCUGCUAACACGCAUAUCGGCAGGGUGUUGCCAGAAAUGUCAAAUGACAAUAUUUUUCUCUUUGGAGGAUUAACGUUUUAUCACCUUUAGACACAGACAGACAACUUGUUUCUCAUGUUUCUGCUUUAUUACUCAAGACGAGGCUUUACAUUCAGCACUCAGAGUGAAUCAGUGUUUUUAUCUAACUCUUGGCAAGAAAGUGUCUUGCACUAAACUGCUUCUUAAGUCUUUAGCUGACCCUGGCAAACACUAUCUAUAAUAUGUGGCACUUUGCAUUGCAUUGUGGAGCUGGUGGCAGAGGAAUGCUUUUUCAUCCCGCUGUGGGGAUUUCUCAGAGCCCCGAGCCGACGUUUCACGGUGCACAAAUAUCAAAGUCAGAAUAAUAAUCUGAGAACACUUUAAUAAACCGGCAGACACUGAAUGGAGUGCACUGCACAAGAAAUAGGAAGCAUUUUUAAACACAAUCGUUCCAAAAUGCGAUUUGUCAGAUCAGUCGCCAUAGCAACUCCUGCCAUGCUGCACCAGAAUGCCAACAACCUAUGAGUAAACUUUCUCCACUCUUUCUGCAACUCUUCUCCUCCAGAUCCCUCAGAUCAGUUACGCGUCCACAGCCCCAGAGCUGAGCGACGACAGGCGCUACGACUUCUUCUCACGGGUGGUUCCCCCAGACUCGUUCCAGGCCCAGGCCAUGGUGGACAUCAUCCGAGCCCUGGACUGGACCUACGUCUCCACCAUCGCCUCAGAAGGCAGCUACGGGGAGAAGGGAGUGGAGGCCUUCACACAGCUCUCCAAGGAAGCAGGUGGAAUCUGCAUAGCCCAGUCUUUGAAGGUUCCACACAACCCCAAGAUGGAGGAUUACGACAAAAUCAUACAACAGCUGCUGGAGACACACCACUCGCGAGCAGUCAUCAUCUUCGCCACAGAGGAAGACAUACGCGGAGUUCUGAAUGCCACCAAGAGGGCCAAUCAGGUGGGCCAUUUCUUGUGGAUUGGCUCUGACAGCUGGGGGUCUAAGAGCAGCCCCAUCCACCAGCUUGAGGACGUAGCUGUGGGAGCAGUCACGAUCCUGCCUAAACGCUCCUCCAUUAAAGGAUUUGAUGAAUACUUUACUGCACUCACCCUGGAGAACAACCGCAGAAAUGUGUGGUUUGCUGAGUUUUGGGAAGAAAACUUUGACUGCAGGCUGCUCAGUGCUUCCAAGAAGGAGGACACCAGCCGCAAAUGCACAGGCCAGGAGCGCAUUGGGAUCGACUCCAAGUACGAGCAGGAGGGGAAGGUGCAGUUUGUGAUUGACGCGGUAUAUGCCAUGGCCCACGCUCUGCACAACAUGCACAGGGACUUGUGUCCUGAUCAUCCUGGCGUUUGUCCACAAAUGGAGUCCACAGAUGGAAAGACCCUGCUGAAGUACAUACGCAACACCAGCUUCAACGGAAGUGCCGGCACUUCUGUUGUGUUUAACAAAAAUGGCGAUGCUCCAGGGCGCUACGACCUGUUCCAGUUCCAGAUGACCAACUCGUCCACAACAGAGUACAAGGUGGUGGGACAGUGGGUGGAGAACCUUCAGCUCAGGCUGGAGGAUCUUCAGUGGCCAGAUGGGGAGCAGGAGGUGCCCAUCUCUGUGUGCAGUCUACCCUGCAAAACUGGAGAGAGGAAGAAGAAAGUAAAGGGCAUGCCAUGCUGCUGGCACUGCGAGCUGUGUGAUGGAUAUCAGUACCAGUACGACGAGACUUCCUGCAGAUUAUGCCCCUACAACAGUAGGCCCAAUUCCAACAGAACAGCCUGCCAGCCCAUCCCCAUCAUCAAGCUGGAGUGGCACUCUCCUUGGGCGGUAAUCCCCGUCUUCCUGGCCAUGCUUGGCAUCAUUGCCACCAUCUUUGUGAUGGCAACCUUUGUUCGCUACAAUGACACACCAAUAGUGCGUGCAUCCGGAAGAGAGCUGAGCUACGUGCUGCUGACUGGUAUCUUCCUCUGCUACAUCAUCACCUUUCUCAUGAUUGCCAAGCCCGAUGUAGCUGUGUGUGCAUUCAGGAGGAUCUUCCUGGGCCUAGGCAUGUGCAUCAGCUAUGCCGCUCUGCUCACCAAGACCAACCGGAUCUAUCGGAUUUUUGAGCAGGGGAAGCAGACAGUCACAGCACCUCGUUUCAUUAGCCCCACUUCCCAGAUUGCAAUUACGUCCAGUCUAAUCUCUGUGCAGCUGCUGGGAGUGCUGGUGUGGUUUGCAGUUGACCCACCAAACACAAUCAUUGACUAUGAUGAGCAAAAGACCAUAAACCCUAAGUUGGCCCGCGGUGUGCUGAAGUGUGACAUCACAGACCUCCAAAUAAUCUGCUCGCUGGGCUAUAGCAUCCUGCUGAUGGUGACCUGCACCAUCUACGCUAUCAAGACAAGGGACGUACCAGAAGACUUCAAUGAAGCCAAACCCAUUGGCUUCACCAUGUACACCACCUGUAUAGUGUGGCUGGCCUUCAUCCCGAUUUUCUUUGGCACAGCCCAGUCGGCGGAGAAGCUGUACAUCCAGACAACCACCCUGACCAUCUCCAUGAACCUCAGUGCCUCGGUAGCACUGGGCAUGCUCUACAUGCCCAAGGUGUACAUCAUUAUCUUCCACCCUGAGAUGAACGUGCAGAAGAGGAAGCGUAGCUUCAAGGCUGUGGUCACCGCUGCCACAAUGUCAUCCCGUCUGUCCCAGAAGCCCAGCGAGAGACCCAAUGGCGAGGCAAAGACGGAGCUGUGUGAGAACACUGCUGCUGACCCCAUGAGUCAAGCAACCAAGAAAACAUAUGUGAGCUACAACAAUCUCAGGAUCUGAUGUGCUUGGAAACAAAUGCUUUGUUUAUCUUUUUUUUUUUUUUUUUUUUUUUGUGAUUGAAAAAGUGAAGGAAGCUGAAGGAUCAGACAAAAAACAAACAGACAGAAAUGCAUUCCAGCACCACCUGCAGUAUCUAUGCACUCCAGGACUGUGGACUGCAUCCAGCCCUCAUCGAGACAUGAUGCAUGAGUCCUAGCAGAUACUAGCAGAGCUCCAGGCCUGUGUGGCUGGGUCGACCCUCAGAAACAAACUGCGGGUCGUAAACUCAUGUUGUGGCUCCCUUCAUUGCCUCUGACGGAGGACAACUUGCCUGCUAAAAGGGGUCACUGUGAGGAUGAACACAAAGCCGGACAGUGGAUUUGCUUCAAGAUAUUUUCUUUUGAAAUGCCAUUAAAGCCAUAUUCUCUUGGGGGUGUCCAUUAUCAGAUUUCUGUUCUGUAUCGUUUGGGUGAUUUUCUUCUGUGCCUCUUUUUCUCUCUUGGACUUGAUUUAAUUACCUUGAACAGCGACUCUCUGCCACACACAGUAUUAUUGUUAUUUUUUAUUUUUCGUUUUUGUUAAGCAAAUUCAGAUUGGUCUCAGAUGACUUUUGCGUUGGAGAUGGGCAUUGUGAGUAUAUUUUUUUGUAAAUAUUUGAGAGUAUUUUCAUGUUUGGAGAACACAAACUAUCCAGUCUUUGUUCAGUUGGAUUUGGAUGAAAAGCACCACAAAGUGUCCACUUUGCAUGUGCCAAUGUAUGUCUGUUCUAUUUGAUGUCAACUCAAAUAAAAAGAGAAAAAAGAGAAGAAAAAUAAAUCCAGAAAACGAUAAUGAGCUUGUGCAUCCUUCUGCGGUUUGUUUCCUUUAUCAGGUGUGAACUUUGUUAAGUUAUGGAAUAAGACUCUAAAGUGUAUUUGGAAGCAUGUUUGUUUUCUAUGGUUUUGUACCGGGUCUAAAUAAGGGAAGAACUCGCAUCAGCAGUCAUGCAAGUAUGUUGUGAUGUCUGUCCAAUUAUGAAAUGUAAUAAAAACAUUUUGUUAUUGUUUAUACAAUGAAACUGGA